AUGGCCACCUUUCCUGCAAUCGCCCUGCUCGCUCUGGCGGGUGGUAACGGUGUCGCUGCCAUGCCAAGUUCACCAAGUUCAAGCUUAAUCUCGGCCGCCCCCGGACCCACCGGAACCUCUUAUCCCUCCGGUUUCGAGAUCAAAAAGAGUUGGGGCCAUUUGAGCCCUUACGAUGAUGCUCAUCACUUCGGCGUCGACAAGGGGUUCCCCGUGGAAUGCGAGCUCUCUCAGGUCCAUGUCCUUCACCGCCACGCCCAACGAUAUCCCACCAGCUGGCCCACUGACGGUGGUGGCAUGGAUGAUUUUGCCUACAAAGUCGGCAAUUACUCCAAGAAGAAUCCCGAGAAGAAGGUCGGCGCCGGUCCGCUGUCCUUCCUCAACGAGUGGGAGUAUAUCCUCGGCGAGAACCUUCUCCUCCCCAGUGGCGCCGCCACUGAAGCCACCGCCGGCGCUCUGUUUUGGAGUGAAUAUGGCCGCUUGUUGUAUCAUGCAGGCAAAGGAGAUGCGAUCUACGACCCCUCCAUGAACACCUUUCCCAAUGGUACACAGCGUCCCAAGCCCAUCUUCCGAACCACUUCAUACCCGCGGAUUUUGGAAAGCGCUCGCUGGUGGCUGAGUGGGUUCUUCGGCAACACCGGCGCAAACAGCAGCUAUGCCUCGUACGACCUGGUCAGCAUCCCCGAGGAGGACAACUUUAACAACACCCUGUCGUCCACUUCCACCUGCACCAAUGGAUCUUCAUCUGGAGACUACUCAGCAGAGAAGUUCGUUCCAGCAUUCACCAAAAAUGCCUUGAAACGGUUGCAGGAGCACUUUCCCAGCGACUUCAAUCUCACUGCCAACGAUGUCUAUGCCAUGCUGAACAUGUGUCCCUAUGAGUACGCCACCCUGGGCCGCUCCUCAUUCUGCGCCAUUUUUACUCAGCAGGAGUGGAUGGACUUUGAAUAUUCUCUCGACAUGAGCUUCUAUGGCAAUUUUGGCUUUGGUGCUCCGAGUGGUCGAGCCCAAGGUAUCGGAUACGUGCAGGAGCUGGCCGCCCGCUUGCAAUCUCGCUUGAUCUAUAGCAGCAACAGCAGCAUCAACUACACCUACGAUGAUAACACCAAGGAAUUUCCCCUGCACCAGCCCUUGUAUAUGGACAUGUCGCACGACGACAUCAUCAUUUCGACCCUCACGGCUCUUGGCAUGGACUAUUUUAAGUACGGGCCUCACGGCAUGCCCGAUUCCGUGCCGCAUGCCGUCCCCCGCAACUUCGUCCUCCAACAGGUCGUUCCCUUUGGCGCGCGUUUGUUCUCGGAGAUCUGGACAUGUCCAAAAGAUGCCAAGUUCAACAACCUGCAGGAAAUGAAGUACAGGAACCCCGAUCUCUCUGCGCAUGCCGAUACCACUGACUACAUUCGUUUCGUGCUGAAUAAUGCCCCCGUCUCCACCAAAGGAAUGAAGGCCUGUGAGGGCUCUGUGAACGGAUUCUGCCCUCUCAAAGCUUUCGUUGACUCUGUUCCCGAAUUGACUAAGGAGGCGAUGUACCAGGAAGCAUGCUUUGGCAACUACAACAUAACUGAACAGGUUGCCAAUGGCCAGCCAAAGUCGGUCUAA